CAGUCAGUCAGUUCAGUUUCAGUAGUCGUAACGUAACUUAGUUGUUUAUGUUUGUGUUUCAGUUUAUUUAAUACAAGUUAAGUUUUGUUUCAAAUAGUGUUUCAUUUAGGCGUGUUGUUCGCACUCAUGCUCUCCUUUUCCCUUUAGAUCCUAUGCUCCAGCUUGAAACUGAACAACGACCUCGUAAGACUUCCAAGUUGAUUUUUAAGAAAUUUAACCUCAAUGGCCACAAAACUACUAGAUCGAGAAUUUAACAGAAACGAGUACAUGUGGGAAGCUGGAAGGUUCAAGAGUUUCAAAAAAUGGCCCUUUACUAGUUCAUCCAGAUGUGCUGCAGUUCAAAUGGCACAAGCUGGGUGGUAUUGCACCAGUCAUGAUCCGGAUGAUCCAAGUGCUCGAUGUGCUUUUUGUCUGAAAGAAUUAAGUGGCUGGGAACCUACAGAUGAUCCUUGGGAUGAGCAUAUGAAGCACAGCUCCGCUUGCCUCUUUGUACAGUUUAGGAAGAAAGAAGCUGAACUGACAGUGAGAGAAAUGAUUCAACUCACUGAACAAAGGGUGCUGAAAAUAAUGGAGCACCAGCACAAAGAAGACCUUAAGAAACUGAAUGAAGAGAAGGAGAAUAUUUUGCAAGCCUUUGAGGCUUCUUAUGGAGUGAAAGAAUCUAAGGAAUAAAAUGCAAAGCACAGUUUGAAAUUAUUGUAUCCUUAAGUUUUUUUUUUCACUUGUUUGUAUUUAUACUGUAUAAUAAAACAAUAGAGGUUAUUA